ACACACCCGCCGUUGUAGCUUCAGAAACAUUUCAUCGCCCAGCGCUGCAGGUUUCAAGAUGGACAAGUUGAAAUUUGAAGAAGGCUCCGAAUACCCUAAAGAACUUGACAACAAUGAUCGUCUGGGGCACUUCAGACAACGCUUCUACAUACAGAAAGGCGUCAUAUACAUGUGUGGUAACUCACUCGGUCUAGCCUCUAAAGAUGCAGAAGAAACUCUUCAAAUUGCUUUAGAGAAAUGGAAAGAAGAAAGUAUUAAGAUAUGGAACGUGGACGACAGCAAGUAUUUUUUGUAUUCCAAUUAUUUGGCAAAGCUUAUGGCUCCUUUGAUUGGUGUUCAUGAAGAUGAAAUAGCUGUGACUGGAUCUACAACAAUAUCAAUACAUCAAACUAUAAGUACCUUUUAUAAACCAACGAAAAAUCGAUUUAAAAUACUAGUGGAUAAUUUAAAUUUCCCAACUGAUCGCUACGCCGUCGACAGCCAAGUGCGAUUAAAAGGUUUUGACCCUUCACAAGCAGUUAAGGUCAUAAAAAGUCAAGAUGGAAAGUUUCUGGACGAAGAAAAAAUCAUCGAAGCAAUGUCAGAUGAUGUAGCUGUUAUUCUUCUUCCAACAGUUCUUUACAGAAGUGCACAAAUUCUAGACAUGAAGAAAGUAACAGAUGCUGCGAAAGAGCGUGGUAUAAUCAUCGGUUGGGACUUAUGCCAUGCUAUAGGCUCUAUUGAAAUGGAUAUAGGAUCUCUAGACUGUGACUUCGCCGUAUGGUGUACCUAUAAAUACUUAAAUGGAGGGCCGGGAUCCACAGCAGCUUUAUACAUUAAUAGAAAGCAUUUUAAGAAAUUGCCAGGUUUGGCUGGAUGGUAUGGGAACAAGCCCGAAACUCAGUUUUUGCUACGACAGGAAUUUGAGCAUAAUCAGGACGGGAGUGGAUGGCAGAUUGGUUCUCCGUCUAUAUUGUCAAUGGCUCCAAUCGAAGGUGCAUUGAAGAUGUUUCACGAAGCCGGUAUGUCUAACAUUCGUAUGAAAUCUCUACGCUUAACUUCCUACUUGAUGUUUUUGAUUGAAAAGAAGCUUAGUUGUUUCGGGUUUUCUAUCGGGAAUCUUAGGGAAUAUUCCAGACGUGGAGGUCAUGUUUGCUUGGAACACGAGGAAGCGUAUAGGAUCAGCAUGGCAUUGAAAUCGCAAGGAGUUUUGCCAGAUUUUCGGGAUCCGAAUGUGAUCCGCUUGGCGCCUAUAGCCUUCUACACUAGUUAUGUAGAAGUAUACGAUAUGGUAGAUAUUUUGAUAGACAUCAUGGAAAGAGAAGUGUAUAAGAAGUUUAGUUCGAAGAGGAAUUUUGUUGUUUAAAAAUAUCUAGGUAGGUAUAUAUAUAUAUGUACAUUUUAAAUAUUAUAUAUGUAUAUUUUAAUUAAAAAUAUACAUCGAAUUCUAAAUCGGAAUAACGUCAUAGCAAUUGUAUGUAGGUAUUAAAUUAAACCAGAGGUUUAUUUGUAAUUAUAAUUAAAAACAAGUACCUACAAUAACAAAACUUAUAAUAAACUACUACUAAAAUAAACUAUGAACUAAAAAAAACUAGGGCUGGCUCAUUCCUGUCUGUAUCUUUAGGUAUUUAAAAAAAGGUAAACAAAAUCUACCCUCAAAUGGCUCCUUAACGCAGCUGAGGGUACAUGAAAACAUUACAUGAUCAAAUAAUGUAGGUUUAAAGUCAGGUCGUUCAGUGACAGAUUCAGCCGGUUUUGUAUUUAGUUGGUUAACCAAUAAAUAUUAAAACUACCCGAAAAUUUACAAAUUGUUUGUUUACCUUUUUUUAAAUACCUAAAGAUACAGACUAAAAUAAUAGCCAUAGCUAUUCGGCAUGGGAAUGUGGCCAGCCUUAUGGGCACCCUUCCGCAGGGGUCAGAUCUAGGGGACCUAAGACCUUAGGUGAGUUUAAGUUUGAUAUUAAAUUAUUGUAUUUAAUAAUAUUUUGUUAUUUUUUUCUA